CGCCCCCUCCCUCCCGAUUUCUCCUUCUCCCUCCUAGUUUCUUCAUCGGCUGCCAACGCACCCGCCCGGAAUAAGAAUCAGCCCAGCCCAGACCUCACGGCUGAAUUCAUGCAUUUUGGGCCGGCCGAGCUCAGGCAUUUUCCUUUUCUAAAUCUAGAUCGUGUUUCCACCGGCGGAACCCGAUCUAGAACAGCCAGCAAGGAGAAUCUUCGUCCAAAUCCUCCCCCUCCUAAACCACCUCCCGUCGUCCCGCUGUAAUGGCCACCGGAUUCAGUUCGCUGAUUUCCCACCUCGACAGCUCGCCGGACCCCGACCACUGCCCCCUCUCUGGGCGUGGCAGACUGACGGUUCAGCCGCCGGCGCCGGCGCCGGCACGCGCCGAGUCCUCGCCUCGCCUCCCCGACAGGUGCGAAGCUAGCGUUGACACUGGACGCUUCGACGGAGCUUCCCUGCAGCAGAGUUGGCCAGGGCUACCAAGGGGUGUAGAAUUUAAUCCCAGCGAUGGCGAUCUUCUAUGGCAUUUAGCUGCAGAAGUUGGGAAUGGUCAGGCUGAGCGCCAUCCAUUUAUCAACAAGUUUAUUACGUCUGUUGAUGAUGAUAGAGGAUUUAGUUACACUCAUCCUCGAGAUAUACCUGGUGUUAGGCAGGAUGGACAUGCAGCAUACUUUUUCCAUAGAAGAUUUGAGUCAUACAGCAAUGAGGGUGAUGCAAAUAUUAGCUGGAAGAAAGUUGGAACCUCUAGAUCGAUCUUCUUGGAUGGAACGCUGCAAGGUUGCAAGGAGGUGUUUGUCUUAUAUGCAGACACGAUGAGUGAUAAAGGUUCUCAGCAAACAGAUUGGAGAUUACAUCAAUAUCAUAUCAGAAACACAGUGAAGGAUGAGGAAGAGCUAGUGUUGUCUAAAAUAUUUUUUGAAUCACGGGACAACCUGUGUGAAUUGGCUGAGGAAGCUCGUAUUGAGGCCGAAUUGGAUGUUUCCACGCCUGAUGAUUCAAGAGAGAAAUGUACUACAUGUUCUAACCCCGGUGUCUAUACUGAGACUGAUGAGCUUGAUCAUAUAUCUCUGAAAGAGCGCUACAGGAUCCUUCUAGCAGACAAAAGCACCUGCCCUGCUACAAUAUCAGCUAGGGAAUCUAGUAAAACAUAUUCGAAAAGAAAUCAAGAGGUAACAGCAUACAAAGAAGAUAUAUGUAACAUGUUGCAGGAAAUUUCCUCCGCACCUCCUAUUAUAGAGAGUAACCCCAUGGAUGAUUGCAACAGCAGUAGGUUGCUUUGUGAAGAUGAUUCAGGUUUCUUGAGUAUUUCUGGCAUAUCAUCUCAUACCGGCCCAUCCGUAUGCGAAGUUGGAUGCUCUCAUGAUCCAGUGGAGGGAAAUCAGGUAGGUGGCACUGCAACUUGUGGGAGUGAAAGCAGUGAACUUAUUGUAAGAAAACAGGGGGGCCUUCUUGCUGAUGUUAAAUUGGAGCCUGCAUUAGAAGGGUAUGAGAUUGACCCUUCUGAAUCUCCUCAAGAAAAUCCUGCUCAAGCUGAAGGCUCAGUACCAUCUUUAGGAGUAAAAGAUGAACUAAAUGAGUGUGAUUUACCUGGCUUAUGUGAGAAAAUUUCAUUCAGUUCCCGAAAACGCAGAAAAAGGAAAACGACAAGUUAUUCAAAUGAAAAAAUGCUUGAAGAAGAUACAUACACUAAUGAUGAGGGCAUUGCUUACUGUUCUCGUCGAAGGAGGAUGAAGAAAACCGCCACGGAUUCAAUUGAAAAGGCACUUGAUGAAGAUGCUCCAGGGCUUCUACAGAUUCUUCUAACCAGAGGAAUAGCAGUUCAAGAAAUCAAACUUUAUGGUGCAGAAGAAGAUAAUGAAAUGAUUCCAGAUUCUUCAGAAAGUAGCUUUGAAGAUCUUGAAAAUGUCAUUGCAAAUAUAUUUCCAAAGAGAACAUCUCUGUUGAAACUGUCAAUAGCUAGACAUGAAAAGGGAGAAAAGGCUAUUUACUGCUUAUCCUGUUUAAUUUCUCUUAUUGAACAGUCGCGCUACCUUCAAUUCCGUGACUGCCCUGUGGAAUGGGGAUGGUGCAGGGAUCUGCAAUCCUUCAUUUUUGUAUUUAGAAGCCAUAAUAGGUUCCUCUUAUCCAUUAAUCUUUGCCCGAUAUUUAUUGUUAAAAUGGUUGGAAGGCUUGUUUUAAUGGUUCCCCUUUUCAUCUUGCUACACAGGAUAGUUCUUGAACGUCCUGAAUAUGGUUAUGCGACAUAUUUCUUUGAGGUUGUGCAAUCGCUGUCAAUAGAAUGGCAGAUUCGUAGGUUGGUUAUUGCAAUGAAGCUUAGUGGCUGUGGAAGGACAGCUCUUAUUGAAAACAGGCCAUUACUGGUUGGUGAAGAUUUAACAGAAGGCGAGGCACAUGUUUUGGAAGAAUAUGGCUGGAUAAGAAACACUGGUCUUGGGACAAUGGUCAACUAUCGUGAUCGUGUGGUCCAUGACAGGUGGACAGAGAAAAAUGUUAGCGAUUGGAGGGCGAAGAUAGGGAAGCUUCUAAUGACUGGUUAUGCUGAGGGCCAAUCAGUCACAAUUCAUGGUCCGAAGAAAGUAGCAAACCUGUUGGAAGCUACUGGGGAAGCUGAAAUUGAUAUAAAGUUGGAGGAUCCUUUUUGAGACAUCUGUUGUAUAUAGGUACAAUAUGCACUUUGUAUGUAGAGCUGGAUGCAUCCAAAUAAACUUUCGGUUGUACAAAAGUAGACUUGUAACAUUCACCACAACGUAUCUGACCUUAACUAUAGGCUAGUGAUGGGUAGCCAAAUUAUCUGUGCCUCUAGGUUUGAGCAAAGCAAUGUUAAUGUAACUGUUGUUGCCGGAGCAGUUUAGUACAGUUGAAUAUACUUGGGCCAUAUCGAUAUGGAGCAAGCAGAGUGUAAAUUGAAUCUGAUGUACUUACAUAUUUGUGAACUGAAUCCAUUCGCGAGUAA